ACUGGGGAGGAGAACCGAGGGAAUCCUCUUAACUAGGUAAUCUCUGCACCCAUCUGCUGUUAUGGUCAUCCACCCCAUGCAGACUCCAGCAAUAUUAGUCUCGUAUAACCAGCACAAGUUAAGACCAUGCUGCUGUCUCCUCAGGCAGAGAGGAACUGGGAGGAUCUGUGUUUAGUGCUUGAAGAUGUGCUGGAAGACCAGUCCCACAGGCAGCUGUUUGCCUUAGAGGUGGGCUCUGGAACUGGGCAACAUGCCAUACGCUUUGCCCAAAAGAUGCCCUUUGUUACCUGGCAGCCAUCAGACAUCAAAGAAGAGUCUCGGGACAGUAUUAAGGCAUACAUUGCUGCAACCCAUGCAAAGAAUGUGCUGCAGCCAGUCCACCUGGACGCCGGCGAACCGUGGGAGAAAUGGGCCGGCCUUUCUAGCAGAUCCUGUGAUAUUAUUGUUGCCAUUAACUUACUACAAUACAGCUCCUUCAAAACCGCACAGGGUGUUUUCAAUGGAGCAGGUCAGAUCCUCAGGCAAAAUGGCCUUUUAAUAACAUAUGCGGCGUAUGCUGUUAAUGGCACUAUUACACCAAGUUGUAAUGAACAUCUGGAUGCAGAGCUUCAACAAAUGGAUCCAGAGUGGGGUCUUCCUGACAUCAAUGUGUUAAGACAGCUGGCCUAUGGGAACGAGAUGCGUAUGGAGAGGAUUAUUGAGAUGAAAGAAUACUACAAAUGCCUCAUCUUCAGAAAACUUUAAAGAUACAUA